AUGUAAAAAAACCUCCUAUUUAUUACCGCAAUUCUUUUGCUCAUUUCUUUCAGCUGCUCAAAGCCUGAUCGUAAUUUAGGAAAUAUCUUAAAGUGUUUUGCCUAAAUAGGCGAUACAAUAAAAGAUAUCACUAUUCUUAUCGCCUAAAUCAAAGAGAAAGAGGAUUUAUCUACCAUACUUAAAUCUAUAGGAAAUGUUGCUGGUUAAAUAAGGCCAUUGUUGUAGUAAUGCUCUAAUCCAAUUUGCUUAGAUGAUGCUUAGAAAAGAUGUGAACAAUCAACAGCUAAAUCUUGCGAAUAAUAUGGUGCUAUUAUGUAUCCUAAAUGUGAUGAUGGCUUCUACAAUGUAGGUUGCUGUUUGUGUGAAUCAUAAUGUCCUCCUGGAUUCAGAGACGAUGGACUGUUUUGUGCUAAGCCCGAAGCUUAUGGAAGAGGUGUUGGUUACCCUUGGAAAUUCGGUGAUGACUUAAACUUGAACAAUGCUCUUAAGAGAUGUGAAAGUGAAAAUUCUUAAGGCUGUGAAUAAAAUGGCUUAAUUAUCUACCCUAAAUGUCGUUAAGGUUUCCAUAGUUUCGGUUGUUGUAUAUGUUCUCCUGACUGUCCAUCUGGAACAACAGAUAUUGGAGUUUCUUGCACAAAGCCAGUAUAUGGCAGAGGAUUUGGUUAUCCAAUAUAUUAUGAUGAUUGUUCGGGUAAAUCAUCAUUGUAAAAUAAAGAUUCUUCAGAAUAUCAAUCAGCUAACACAGAGUAGUUGUUAGAUAAAAUUUUAGAAUUAUGUUAGAAAUUCAUAGAAAAUAAAGGUGACUAAGACUUGUCAGUUAAGUUUGCUACAGAAUUAUCAAAGAUGAUGGCUCUAUUAGAAGUCAAAUCUUCUAAAAUAUGA